AUGGAGGCUCUUAUAAAAGUACAGCAGGACUUGUAUUUGAGAAUUGAUAAGGCUAAAACUAACUUUAAAAAAUCGCCUAAGGAACGGCUUAACUCUGCAGAUUACCUUAGCACGAGAUUAGAAACAUUAGAAUCUUUGUGGAAUCAGUUUGUGACAACUCAUACUCAAAUCAUUCAAGAGUCUACUACAAUUGAGUUCACCGAGUAUGUAACUGAAGACGUAUAUUCUAGUGCGGAAGAGUUAUUCAUGGAUUACAAGUCGGAUCUUAAGGUUGCCUUAAGCAAACUAAAUGCUUCAAUUCCUGGAAAGAGCACUGAGUCUACCACUGUUGGGAAUAAGUCAGACAUUGGUCAAGGCAAGUCGGUGAUGGUAAAGCUACCAAAGAUUUCGAUUCCUACGUUUUCAGGGGAUUAUUCUGAGUGGACUAGCUUCAGAGAUCUAUUCAAGUCGCUCAUCCAUAAGAAUAGAGAUUUAGAUGACGUCCAAAAAUUGCACUACCUGAAAGGUUAUUUAGUCGGUGAAGCUGAACAGCUUCUGCGUCACGUACAGAUCACGCAAGAUAAUUACAGCGCUUGUUGGGAAAAAUUGGAAAAGCGCUAUAAUAAUAAGAAGUAUCUUUCCAACUGCAUUCUCAAACGCUUCAUGAGUCAGAAGAAUAUUACGACAGAGUCCGCGAAUGCACUCAAGGAAUUGCUGGACACUACGAACGAGUGUUUAGAUGGAUUGAACAACUUAGGCAUCGACACAACUACAUGGGACAUAAUUGUGAUUCAUAUCAUUUGUCUUAAAUUAGACAACGAGUCUAGGAAACAGUGGGAACUUAAGGUUAGCGAGUCUUCUGAUGAUUUGCCCACACUUAGCCAACUUCGAGAAUUUUUAGAAACCCGAUUUAGGGCAUUAGAAUUUUUGGAUGGGAAAUCAUCGAAGACAAGCUUUGUUCCAAAGAAACCCAAUGCACAAUCUAGUAGCAACUUAAAAGUGCAUCAUGUAACUGAAGUUUCUUGUGGCUAUUGUUCAGAGAAUCACAAAUUGUGUAAUUGUAAGGGUUUUGCAAAAAUCGAUGUUGAUGCUCGACGUGAUUUCAUCCAGUCCGGUAAUUUUUGCUUCAAUUGCUUAGGUUCAGGUCACAACGUAUAUUCCUGUCGCCAAUCUACUAGAUGCCGAAUUUGUAAGCGCAAACAUCAUUCUUUACUGCACCCAAAAAAUAGCACUCAAGCAACCGAUUCUCAAGUCAAACCUACUCAAUCGGUUGAAGGCGAUAUUGUUGCACACGCAACAACAGCUCCAUCAUCAUCGUGUGAUGAGCCCAAUAAUGUAACAACGUGUUUUUCGACCAGUCGUGGACAGGUUUUUUUGCCAACGGCUUUGGUUCAAGCUCAGUCGAAAACAGGUUCAGGUAUAACCCUCAGAUGUUUAAUCGACCAAUGCUCGGAAGCCUCUUUCAUAACGGAGUCUGCAGCACAACUGCUGGGACUUAACAAGGUUUCCCACAAGAGCACAGUUACGGGUCUAGGCGGUGAAGAGAGUUCACCUGUGAACUCUAAGUCGGUGGUAAAGGUUAAAAUUUCAUCACUCCUAGAACCUAACUUUGAAGUGAACGUGCAUGCUCAUGUUUUGGGCAAGGUAACAUCGAAUCGUCCGAGAAAACGUAUUGACAUUGAUUCGUGGUCAGAACUGCCUAAAUUAGAUUUAGCAGAUUCCACAUUCAACAUUCCCGGCAAAAUCGACUUGCUCUUAGGGGCAGAGGUGUACGGUCAAAUACUUUUAAACAACAUGAUUAAAGCUCCACAAGGAGCACUCAUCGCUCAGCGAACGUCUUUAGGCUGGAUCGUUUCAGGGCCAACUCACUUAGGUGAGUCGGAAAUUCGUAAAAGCGUUAGCGUUAACCACAUUCAUUUAGAUGAAAACGAGCUGCUCAAGAAAUUUUGGGAACUCGAGGCUGACCACAAUACGACAGAUCUCAAGCAUCAUUACACUGAAGACGAGAAGAAAUGUGAAGAAUUUUUCGCGGCUACCACUGAACGUGAUAGCACCGGUAGAUACAUUGUGAAACUACCAUUUCGUGAUCAAGAUCCCAGUUGCAAACACGGAAACUUUGUGCCUAUUGCAACAAGGCGUCUCAACCAAUUAGAGAAGAGGUUCGCAAAAGAUGCUGAAAUGAAGAAACGCUACUCGGAUGUCAUUAAUGAAUAUCUUGAGCUGGAACACAUGGAAGAAGUUCCUCCUGAACAGGAGAACAACCCAGAUGCAGUUUACUUGCCACAUCAUGCUGUCAUCCGAGAUGACAGAUCCACGUCAAAGCUGCGUGUGGUAUAUGACGCGUCUUGUCCUGGCUCUAAUGGCGUUUCCUUAAAUCAAGACCUUUUAGUAGGUCCAACUCUGCAACCUGUUUUGCGUCACACAAUUCUUCGUUGGCGUUGCCACCCUAUAUGCCUGGUAGCAGACAUUGUUAAAAUGUACAGACAAGUGAAAGUUCAUCAAGACGAUGUAGAUUUUCAACGCAUUCUAUGGCGUGAAAACUCGGGGGAGAAGAUUAAGCACUUGAGACUGCUCCGAGUCACCUUUGGUACGGCCUCAGCACCUCAUCUUGCAGUGCGUGCUCUUCAGCAAGUAGCCUACGAUGAAGGAGCACAGUAUCCAAACGCUGCUGAUAGGGUCCUCAAGCAUUUUUAUGUAGAUGAUUUGUUAACAGGCUGUGAAUCUGUGGAAGAAGGUAAAUUAGUAUACCAAGAGAUGAAUGAACUUUUGAAAAAAGGUGGAUUCGAAUUACAGAAAUGGAGUAGUAACAAUGAAGAAUUAAUAAGUUACAUGAAAGAAACUGAUGUCAAAGAGGAAGGAAGUCUCCAGCUGAAGAUAGAUGCUGUCAUGAAAAUUCUGGGACUCGUCUGGAAUCGCCGAAACGACGAAUUUGAGUAUUCGGUACAACUUCCUCCACUCACAGUUCCUGUAACAAAGAGAAGUGUCAUAUCUGACAUAUCGAGGCUGUUCGAUCCACUCGGUUGGUUGGCUCCAGUGAUCAUAGUAGCCAAGAUUUUCAUCCAGAAAUUGUGGCUUUCGGGAAUCGAAUGGGAUGAUGAAGUACCACCACAAUUACUGAAGGAUUGGCUAAACUACAGAGAAAGUCUAAACCAACUUACCGAAUUCAAGCUGCCCAGAUGGAACCACGCUAGUUCCAAUGUAACUGCGGAACUUCAGGGAUUCUGCGACGUUUCUAAUGAAGCGUUUGCUGCUGUUGUGUACUUAAGGACUAUAGAUGAAGAAGGAAAUGUGCACGUGUCACUGAUCACUUCUAAAACGAAAGUGGCACCAAUUAAGCAAAUUUCUAUUCCACGUCUGGAAUUGUGUGGGGCUGUGCUACUCACUAAAUUGCUGGUUGAAGUAGCCGACGUUAUGAGUAUCAGCAAAGCGAACAUUCAUGCUUGGACUGACUCCACAGUAGUCAUCUCUUGGCUAAAUAGUCGUCCAAAUCGAUGGAAAACUUUCGUCGCUAACCGCGUAUCUGAAAUAAUAACGUCAGUAGAGCCGCACCAAUGGUCCCAUGUCUCGUCGAAAGAUAAUCCUGCAGACUGCGCGUCUAGAGGUACACGACACCUGAGCAAUGAAGAGCUCUGGAUAGAAGGUCCGUCGUGGCUGAAAAAUAAGGAGAUUAGCUAUAAAAAACCAAACAUAAAGGAUACAAACUUAGAAGAAAGAAGCACUAAAGCAUGCUUCGUGAAUACUUACGAUAAUGAUGAUGUCACAGCAGAUGCCGAAGAAACACUUAUUUCAAGGUUUUCUAAAUUGUGGAAACUGCUACGCGUUCUGGCUUUCUGUAAACGAUUUUUGAAAUGUGUUAGAAAAGAAAAAGUAAGUCUGUGGUUAACAAGCAGUGAAAUCCAAGAAACUUUAAAAAUGUGUAUAAAGAUUGUUCAAGGAAAUCAUUUCAAAGAGGAGUUGAAGAACCUGAAAGAAAAUAAAACGGUUAAUAAGAAGAGUCAACUUACCUCACUGAACCCGAUUGUAGAUGGAGAUGGUGUCCUAAGAGUUGGUGGAAGAUUAGAGCACGCUGGAAUUAGUGAACAGAUGAAGCAUCCAGUGAUAAUUCCACACAAGUCACACUUCACAACUUUAAUCUUAGACAAUGCGCACGAAAAAACUCUGCAUGGUAACCCGCAACUGAUGCUCAAUUACUUGAGAUCCAAAUAUUAUGUAAUCGGAGCAACCAAUGCGGUUAAGUUGUUCGUUCGCAAAUGUGUCACAUGUGCUCGCUAUGCCGCUGCAUCGCGACACCCACUGAUGGGACAGUUGCCGUCAGUUCGAGGAACUGUCAAUCGUCCCUUUUUUCAGAGUGGUGUGGACUAUGCUGGUCCAAUAAACAUGCGCACCUCAAAGGGAAGAGGCCACCGCUCUUACAAAGGCUACAUCUGCCUUUUCAUUUGUAUGGCUACAAGAGCAAUACAUCUUGAAGCGGUCAGUGACUUGACAGCUCAAGGAUUUAUUGCGGCAUUUAAACGCUUUACAGCACGUCGUGGUCAUUGCGCUGAUUUGUGGAGCGACAAUGGAACGAACUUCGUGGGAGCUGCUCGUGAGCUGAAGCAGUUAUACGCCGAAGAACGAUCAAGCGUGGCUGUGGAAAUUGCUGAUCAGCUUGCUACAAACUCCACUAAUUGGCAUUGGAUUCCUCCACACUCUCCAAACUUUGGAGGCCUCUGGGAGGCGGGAGUCAAAUCCACGAAACAUCACCUUAAACGAGUGAUUGGAGAUUCCACCUUGACAUUUGAGGAAAUGGCAACAGUUUUAGCUCAAAUUGAAGCUUGCCUUAAUUCAAGGCCUAUGUCAAGAAUCAAUAGUAACAACAGUGAUGAUCCUAUACCACUCACUCCUGGACAUUUUUUGGUUGGAGAGCCGCUAGUACUUGUGCCAGAUUCCAACUAUGAAAAUACCAAUGUAGGUAGUUUAAGAAGAUGGCAGCUAACACAAAAAAUGGUUCAAGAUUUCUGGCGCCGAUGGUCGCGUGAAUAUCUGACUCAGUUUUACCACCGUUACAAGUGGGCCCAUCAAACGCCCGAGCCAGUAGUAGGUAGUGUGGUGUUAGUAAAGGAAGAUAAUUUGCCUCCAGCAAGAUGGUUGUACGGUGUAAUCACUGAUAAACACCCAGGGCGCCGCAGGCGCCCCGUGCGUAAGAGCUCGCGAAGCGCGCUGAAUGUCGGGCCACGCCCGACCUGUGAGUGUGUAGGGCGCCGCAGGCGCCCCGCGCGUAAGAGCGCGCUUGAAUGUCGGUCUUCGCCCGACCUUAGGGCGCCGCAGGCGUCCCGUGCGUAA